AUGAGGCUCGCGACGCUCGCCACGUGCGCGCUGAACCAAUGGGCGAUGGAUUUCGAGGGUAAUACGAAUCGCAUCAUCGCGUCCAUUCGCGAGGCGAAGGCGCGAGGCGCGUCAUAUCGAAUCGGGCCCGAGCUGGAGAUCACAGGCUACGGCUGCGAGGACCAUUUCCUCGAGCACGACACGUGCCAGCACGCGUACGCCACGCUCUCUAUUCCCCUGACAGAAUCUCGGCAUCCUUGCCCACCCUGCCACGUGGCAUCGGUCAUCGACCUCCCUUCAUCUGCUGAGCCUUGGGAGUGCCUUGCAGCGGCGCUACAGCCGGCAUCCUCUGUGACAUCGGGCUGCCAGAGGAGCACCGCGGCCUGGGAGUGUCUAGCCGCCAUCAUUGCGAGCGGCGCUACAGCCGGCAUCCUGUGCGACAUCGGGCUGCCAGUGGAGCACCGCGGGGUGCGCUACAACUGCCGGGCGUUCGUCCACAGCCGUCGGAUCCUGCUGCUGCGCCCCAAGAUGGAUCUGGCAAAUGAUGGAAACUACCGGGAAACGCGCUGGUUCGCCACGUGGAAGCGGUUGGGAGUGGUGGAGAGCGUGCGGUUACCAGCGGUGGUUACCGCGGCAUGUGAGGGGCAGCGGGAGGUGCCUAUUGGGGAUGGCGUGCUGGAUCUGCUUGAUAGCACCCUGGCGAGUGAGACAUGUGAGGAGCUAUUCACCCCUCUAGCACCGCACAUCCAAGCGGCACUGGCGGGGGCAGAGGUGGUGGGCAACGGCAGCGGCAGCCAUCACGAGCUGCGCAAGCUGGGCACGCGCGUGGGGUUGGUGCAGUCUGCCACGAGCAAGGCGGGCGGGGUUUACCUGUACGCCAACCAGAAGGGGUGUGAUGGCGGACGGCUGUACUAUGACGGGUGUGCCAUGGUGGUGGUGAACGGGCAGGUGGUGGCGCAGGGGUCGCAGUUCUCAUUGGCUGACGUCGAGGUGGUAACCGCUACAGUGGACCUCGACCAGGUGGCGAGCUACAGAGGCGCCAUCAGCAGCAUGAGGGAGCAGGCCUCAGCGUCCGCCCCAGCACCCUCCGCCUCCUUCCCCACCCUUCCCUCCUCUGCCUCCGCCUCCCCUGGCAUCGUGCGCAUCCCCUCCGACAUCUCCAUCUGCCACCCUGCAUCCGCCAGCCUUACUCUCGCCACCUCGCACCCCAUUCAGAUUCGCUACCACUGCCCCGAGGAGGAAAUCGCUCUGGGCCCCGCGUGUUGGCUGUGGGACUAUCUGCGGCGCAGUGGGGCAUCGGGCUUCCUGCUGCCGCUGUCGGGCGGUGCUGACAGCUCAUCCGUGGCCGCCAUAGUGGGCUGCAUGUGCCAGCUGGUUGUGAAAGCCAUAGCAGAGGGCGACGAGCAGGUGCAGCAGGAUGCAGAGCGAAUCACGGGGCUACAGCUGGCGGCAGGGGCGGCGGCAGAAGAGCAGAAGCGACAGGCUGCCAGGCUGGCAGAUCGCAUCCUGAACACCAUCUACAUGGGCACGGAGAACAGCUGGAUGGAGGCACAUCAACAGAGAACCUGGCAUUGCAGAACAUCCAAGCGCGCCUGCGCAUGUUGCUCGCCCGCCUUCCUCUCCUCACAUCCCGUACCCUCCCAUCUUGCUCUUGCCUCCUCCGCCACCAACCACCCGUCCCAUCAGCUGGACGGAGGCACAUCCGCGGAGAACUUGGCCCUGCAGAACAUUCAGGCGCGCCUGCGCAUGGUGCUCGCCUUCCUCUUCGCGCAGCUGCUGCCCUGGGUGCGCGGACACGGCAGAGGAGGGGGAGGAGGGGGAGAGCAGGCGGGGGAGAAGGGGAAAGAGGAGGGGCGGAAGGAGGGCACAGCUGACGGACAGCAAAGGGGAGGGGAGGGAGGAGGAAGGGGAGGGGGUGAAGAGAAGGUGCCAGUGGGAGGGGUGCUGGAGAGGAGCAAGGGGAGGGGAGGCGGGUCAGAGCAGCGGGGGGGCGGAGGGGGCUUUCUGCUCGUGCUGGGCAGUGCCAACGUGGAUGAGGCUCUGAGGGGAUACCUCACUAAGGUGUGCAUUAAGGGGGAGCAUGGCGUAUCACAAGCGAGCACUGCUGGUGCCUACAGGGAUAUCAACCAACCACUCGUGCUGGCCAGUGCCAAUGUGGACGAGGCUCUGAGAGGCUACCUCCCUAAGGUGUGCUUCCAGAGGGAGCAUGGUGGUAUCACAGUCGUUGCGGUGAGGGUGAGACAGAGCGAGCACUGCUGGUUCCAGAGGGAGCAUGGUGGUAUUAAAUUUUUCUACCUCAAGACCAACAUCCAUCCGUUCCUUCCUUCUCUCCCCGUUGCUCACUCUCCCCGUUGCUCACUCUCCCCGUUGCUCACUCUCCCCGUUGCUCACUCUUCCCGUUGCUCACUCUCCUCUCCUCAUGCCAAUAUCAACCCCAUUGGGGACAUCAGCAAGACGGACCACCGCCGCUUCUUCGGCGGCAGUCCCCCUUGGCUUCGCCUCAACACUCCCACUCUCCCAUCCCCUUCUUUUCCACCCCACUUCCUGCUUCCCUUCUCACCAUACGACUGCAGCAGUGCAGACAUCAACCCCAUUGGUGGAAUUAGCAAGACGGACCUUCGCCGCUUCCUGCGCUGGGCGGCAGUCCACCUUGGCUUCGCCUCAUUGGCCGACGUCGAGGCCGCGCCGCCCACCGCUGAGCUGGAGCCAAUCAGAGCGGAUUACGUGCAGGUGGACGAGGUGGACAUGGGCAUGACCUACGAGGAGCUCUCCCUCUAUGGCCGCCUGCGCAAGGUCCUGCGCUGCGGCCCUGUUGCCAUGUUCCAGCAUCUGUGCCAUGAGUGGCGGCAGCGGCUGACAGUAGCGGAGGUGGCAGGGAAGGUGAAGGCGUUCUUCCGCUUCUACUCCAUCAACCGUCACAAGAUGACCACUCUCACGCCCUCCUACCACGCUGAGAACUACUCUCCGGAGGACAACCGGUUUGACCUGCGCCAGUUCCUGUACAACGUGGCAUGGCCGUGGCAGUUCAAACAGAUCGACCAGCUGGUGGCGGAGCAUGAGGCCGCGGCGGGAGCAGGUGCUGCAACACUUUCAAGUGAGGGCUCUAACGCAGCGGGAGCUGCGAUGUGA